AUGAACGUUCUCAUUGAUGCCUAUGAGGCGAACUCUAUAUGCAAGAUAAAGGAAGACGAGAAGAGGAUCAUCAACAAGUUUAACUCCAUUUACCAGAUUCUCCUCAAGAAUAAAAGAGAGAUCCAGACUCUGAAGGCAGAGAUGGAGCGCUUGGAAGAAUAUGAGGAAGGAGGGCAAGGAGGGCAGAGCAAGGAGGGCAAGGAGGACAGAGGAGAGGAGGAAGGAGGACAGAGGAGAGGAGGAAGAAAAAAGGAGGAAGGAAAAAGAGGAGGAAGGAAAAAGGAGAAAGGAAGAAGGAAAAGGAGAUAGAAGGAAGAAAAAAAGGAGGAAGGAGGAGGG